CAGACCGUUCUCCCGGAAGUCCACUCGAGGCGGAACCGGAAGACCUUUUCGGGUACUGGUGCCACGUCCGUCGCUGUUUUGCCGAGUCCCUGAGUGGCACCUUGGAGGGCGCGAUGGCAGAUUGGACGCGCACUCAGAGCUCGGGUGCUGUGGAGGAGAUUCUAGACCGAGAGAACAAGCGGAUGGCCGACAGCCUGGCUUCCAAGGUUACCAGGCUCAAAUCGCUGGCCUUGGACAUAGAUCGGGACACAGAUGACCAGAAUCGAUACCUAGAUGGCAUGGACUCAGAUUUCUCCAGCGUGACUGGCCUCCUCACAGGGAGUGUGAAGCGCUUUUCCACAGUGGCACGAUCCGGGCGAGACAACCGGAAGCUUCUGUGUGGUAUGGCUUUGGUCUUAAUUGUGGCCUUCUUCAUCCUCUCCUACCUCUUGUCGAGGACAAGGACGUGAGCUGAUGGUGCCAAAGGGCAGCCAGGCUUUUCUACACCUGGUAUCCUGGUUUCCUGAGGACCUGAAAACAAAAAAAUAUUCCUUUGAAGCUAUCAUCAUGGGUCAUUCAUCUUCCUAAGUCAGGAUAACUACAGCUGCUUCUGUCGUAAUGAGCUCAUGUUGGCUUGUCCUGUGUAUGAAGGAGGAAGAAAGAAGCAAAACCCAAUCCUACUCCCUGGUGCUAAAGACACAGAAGAGCCAGAACCACAUUGUAUGAGAAUGAGCCAGGUCUAAGCAAAGCAUCUGUGAGUCCUGAAUGCACCCACUGGGGCCAACAGCCACACUCCUCAGAAGCCGAUAGCCUAAGGGUCUUCUGUCCGGCCCUAACUUGUAUAUGCCUGGCUUAGACCGUCUCUGUGUUCUUGAGGAGUCUUGAGCUGACACCAAACAGGAUAUGGCCAUGAGCUCUCUCCACAUUAUGGUCAUCAGGAUGGACAUGGCAUUGACUCCAGGUAGAGGCUGCUAAUUCGGAAUGGACCUGUGCUAGCCAAGAGUCAAGGAUGUACCCACCAGUCGCUAGUAGGAAAGAGGCAAAGCUGUGGAUAGAGGCGUGACUGCAGCCCUUGCUAGAGGCACUGGACUAAGCUCCUCCUGGGCCUCAAGACCGCGUGUCCAGGAGCAGAGAUGUAUGUCCUUGGGACUGAGAAUCUUCCUAGUGCCAAAGAUGUAUCCAAUCCAUCCCCAGGCAAACAGACUGAGAAUAGUACAGUGUGGCUUUUCAGAGUCAGGCAGUACUGGAGUGAUCUCUGCUGGGGAUCUUUAUGGGGCUGGAGGCCACCUAUGAAAGCGUUUGUGUAGCGGGAACUUUUAACCUUGAACCGAACCUGACUAUAUAGCGAGUCUCCCUCAGUGUGGGGGAAGAUUGUUACAUAAUUCCACAGACUUGCCUGUUUUCCUGGCCUUCCCUUCCUCCUUGGCCAGUCCCAUUUGCACACAAACUGACCCUUCCUCCUUGGCCAGUCCCAUUUGCACACAAACUGGCCAACAGUUUAUAAGGGCCUAGCACUUUUUGUCUUCACGUAAAAUAUCUUUAAGAAAUGAA